CUCAAUUGUAAUUUAUAAAUGUGUCAUAGUCAUUGUAGUGUUUCAAAUAAAUAUACAUUUUCUUUUAAUGUGCAGAAUUGCAUUUUAAAAAAAUAAAUAAAUAUAGCCCUAACCGGCCUGGGCCCGGGGCCCUGAUUAAUCCAGGUCGAUUCCGGUCUUCGAAAAUGGGAACAUGGAUUGCCCGGUCUGGGACUGGAACUGGGACCAGACUGGGUGCGAGUCCAUCCCUAAAGGGAGAUGGCCAAAAACCUCCGAAGACUUCACAACAUCCAUCCCUCCGAUUUCCACUUACAUCGCAGGAGCCCCACGCCGGCAUCAACUAGCUUUUCCAGCAGCUAAGAGAAUCAGACGAAUGGAGAAGCAGAAGACAGAAGAGCGGCAUGCCCCAUGUCAGAAAAUAAGAUCGGCAACAACAUCCAUGGCCCAUGCCAUGGAUUACAGCACUCGUCCUCCCCUGUAUUCGCUGCUGAAGUUCUGAUGAAGAAUGACAAGUUUCUUUUGAUAUGAUGGAAUGGAAGAAAGAAGGACAUGAGAGAAAAAGAAAAAGAAAGGAUGUUGCGGACUUGUG